UAACAAAACAGAGUUCGUUGUUAGCUUCGAAAAAGUUUGCAUACAAUCGCUACUUCAAAAAGUUAGACACUGAAUUGAAGGUGUUUUCUUAUACAAAAGGCUAUCUCCUCAGUGGUGUUGGAAUAUUAUGUGAAGAAUUGUCUGUCGAGAGAAACUGUCACAGAAAAGGAAUAUGAAUGGAAACAUGGCGUGACUUACAGAACUUGACGUAACUUUGCAGUCGAGAAUGAAUUACUUUGGCCAUGGUGAUUUUAACAUGUGACUUGUAUUCAAACAUAUUUUUUGUGAAUUGUUUUCACUCAAGUACAAAACAAGAUUGCCGGCUAUAAGUGGUCAAAAUAACUAGAUAGAUAUGUUUAACUAAAGUGCUUCACGUGGUUUUUGUUCGUCAAGAUAAACAAAGAAGAUUUAGUGGUACUACAGAGCUGUUAUACUCGUGACUGACAAGAUUCUGAGAAAAUGCAGAGCUCCGAGGCUGUGAAAAGUGUUUUUCAGGAUACGCAUUUGUUAUCUACAAGUCUAAAUCGACCGGAACCUACGCGAUAUACAAAAACAACAAGUAAUCAGCGAGCAAGACCAGUGUCGGCACCACCUGCCAGUCAGCAACCUCGUUGGAGAUAUCCAAACUCACCUGAACCCAAACGAGCGAGGAAGUUUCAUGUGAGCCUAUACCACACACCAUUUGAGAGUAAGACAAGUAAAAAGGCUCCCUUUGCUCCAAGAGCUUCAAUUGGAGGCAGCACCACUCUACGUGGAAAAGACUUUUCUCCAGCAACAUAUAAUUCUCUGAGUGAUCCUCAUUUGAACCCUUACUUUUCAAGAAGGUUUGGAAAAAGUACAUCUUUGAGGGAGUCUGGACCAUCCAAAACAAGGGCAAGAAGAAGUACCAGUGAAAAGACAAAGAACAAAGGUGGAGUAACAUACAAAGCUGUAGUAAAAACUGGAGCUAAGAAAAAUGGUGGCACAGAUGCAAAGGUUUUUGCAGAAUUUCGGGGAACGAAAGGCAAGUUUACCCGACAACUCACUCACCAAAUGGAUUCUGCUGUACCAUCUGCCUUUAUAGCAACAUUACCACCAUUCCAAUUUCAUUCAGGAAGCACUGAGACCUUUACUGUGAAGGGACCUGAUAUUGGUGAUCUUAUACAGCUGAUUGUUCAGCACGAUGGCCGUGAGCGUAAACAAGGGUGGUUCCUGGAUGAAAUCCAAGUGACAAACCCUCAGAAAUCAAAGUCUUGGACAUUCCCUUGCUAUCAAUGGCUGUCACUUUAUGAGAGUGAUUGUCAAGUAAGGCGCUGUCUAAAACCACUGGUCCACAAGAAAGCUGAAAAAGUUGUGUACGUAAUAGAAGUGUAUACUGGGGACAAGGCUGGUGCUGGAACAGAUGCUCAUGUGUUUAUUACAUUACAUGGCAAGAGAGGACAAGCUCCUAAAACGCAACUGAUCAGCAGGACUGAUGAUGCUUUUGAAAGAAAAAAAAAAGAUAUUUUCAAAAUCAAGACAACUGACCUUGGACCCUUGAAGAAGUUAAUUGUGGAACAUGACAAUUUUGGUUUUUCUCCAGGAUGGUUUUUAGACAAGAUAAUAGUGUAUUGUCGUGAGAGAGAAUAUCAGAAAUUCUACUUUCCCUGUAAUCAGUGGCUGGCUAAGGAUGAGGGUGAUGGGCUGACAGUGAGGCAGCUGGCAGCAUCAACUGAUUCUUCAGCUGUAUUUCAAGGCCACCGAUAUCUAGUUCACACAUACACUGGCGACAAGAGGGGGGCUGGAACUGAUGCUAAUGUUGUUGUCACCAUAUUUGGAGAGGAUGGUGACUCUGGAGAGAAGAAGCUGGAUAAUGCAAGAAAUAACUUUGAACGUGGAAAGAAAGAUUCUUUUAAAGUCAUUUGUGGAACAAGUCUUGGACGCUUAACCAAGAUAAGGAUUGGACAUGAUAAUAGUGGACUGGGGCCCGGCUGGUUUUUGAACAAGGCAACUGUUGAGGAUCCCAGUACAGGAGAGGCUGUGGAUUUUCCUUGCCGACGCUGGUUUGCUAAAAAUGAAGAUGAUGGUCAAAUCUCACGUGAACUGAUCCGAGCAGACUGCAAAGAUGGUGAUAUAGUUGUUGAUAAAGGAAUUCCCUACCAUAUUCAUGUCACAACUGGAGACGUCAGAAAUGCAUCUACAAAUGCGCGUGUUUAUAUCAUCCUUCACGGGGGAGAAGAAGGCGAAAACAACAGCGGCAAGCUCUGGCUGCAAAAUGAAGAGAAGGACAACUUUCAAAGGGGAAGGACGGACAUUUUUACUGUAGAAACAACAGAAAUGCUGAGUCCAUUGCAUCAUUUAACCAUUGGUCAUGAUAAUAGUGGUCUUGGUGCAGGAUGGCACUGUGAGAAGGUGGUUGUCGACUGUCCAAGUAGUGGACAUCAGCAAGUAUUUUUAUGUCAGAAGUGGCUGGCAGAUGAUGAAGGAGACCAGCUGAUUGAGAGAGAUCUCUUUGAGUCGGAAGAUAUGAGACUGAAAAGACGGCCAAAAACUGUUUGGAAUGUUUGGUUGUGGACAAGUGAUGUAAGAGGAGCUGGUACAGAUGCUAAUGUGUUCUUGACAUUGUACGGAGACAAAGGAAAGACUGAUGAGGUACCGCUUGGUAAUGCCACUGACAACUUUGAACAGGGGCAGCUUGAUAAGUUUAAGGUUGAACUGACAAGAGUUGGAAAACCAUACAAGUUGAGAAUACGACAUGAUAACUCAAAAGCGUUUUCUGACUGGCAUUUGGAAAAGAUCCAAAUGGAAAACGUUAAAUCAAGUAUCAAGUGCUCUUACAAGUGCAACCGCUGGCUGUCAAAGAGUGAGGACGACCAUCAGAUUAUUCGUGAACUUCCAGCAAUCAUCCAAGGAAAAGAACCUUUAACAGUGUACGUUUACAACGUUUUUGUCCACACGGGUGACAAACGAGGCGCUGGUACAAAUGCAAAUAUUUUUUUGAACAUUUUUGGUGAGUUGGGGGACACCGGUGACAGACCUCUGGAAGAAUCAAAAACUAACAGGAACAAGUUUGAAAGAAAUCAGGUGGAUGAGUUCCUUAUCGAAGCAGUGUCCCUGAAAACCCUUGAAAAAGUCCGCGUGGGCCAUGAUUCCACUGGACCCGGAUCAGGGUGGUUCUUAGAUAAAGUUGUGAUAAAGGAUCCCGAGGACAACACCAAGGAAUAUGUGUUCCCUUGCAACAGAUGGCUGGCAAAAGAUGAAGAUGAUGGUUUGAUAGUCAGAGAGCUGCCUCUUGGUGGUACAAGUCUGCUCAAUACCACAUCUUAUCUAGUGGCUGUUAAGACGGGUGAUGUUCGUGGUGCAGGAACAGAUGCCAAUGUUUUCGUUCAAAUCUUUGGCGCCAAAGGUGACACUGGAAAGUUACAACUAAGAAGCGCUGAAAACACGAAAAACAAGUUUGAGCGUGGCAGGACUGAUCAAUUUGUGCUGGAGGCCGUGGAUAUUGGAAAGAUUGAAAUGCUGCGUAUCUCACAUGACAACAAAGGUAGUGCCGCUGGAUGGUUUCUAGAUAAUGUCACAGUAGACAUCCCUUCACGUGGAGAACACGUGGUUUUUCCAUGUCACCGUUGGUUAGCAGAUGAUGAAGACGACAGUAAGAUUGAGAGGGAGUUGUACCCUGGACAACAGACUCAGAGCAACCCAAAAAUCCCUCACGAGGUGAUGGUGUACACGGGUGAUGUCAGAGGAGCUGGUACAAACGCAGGUGUAUUUCUCGUCAUGUAUGGUGAGAAUGGCAAGUCCGACCAGUUUGACCUGAGAAACAAGUCUGACAACUUCGAGAGAGGCCAGGUUGACAAGUUCAAAGUAGAGUGCGAGGAUAUCGGACCGUUGGUAAAAAUUCGUGUUGGUCAUGAUAACAAUGGAAUGCGCUCAGCCUGGUUCCUAGAGAAGGUCGAAAUUCGGCGCUUGAAGCCCGAAGACAAAGAACCAAGCAAGAAACGGCGAAAUUCUGGGGAGGUUGAAGAGAAGAGUGAUGGAGAUGAACAUAAUUAUCUGUUUGUGUGCAACCGCUGGCUGGCUCGGGACGAGGACGACGGUCAGAUCGUGAGGGAACUGGUACCCGUGGACUCCAGUGGCAAACCACUGGGAGGCUCACUUGAAGAAAACACGUACCGUGUCCACGUACACACUGGUGAUGUUUCUAAUGCUGGAACGAAUUCCAAUGUGUUUAUCUGCUUAUAUGGUGAAUUUGGCGAUUCUGGAGAACGAAAGCUGGAUAAAUCUGAAACCCAUAUGGACAAGUUUGAAAGGAAUAAUGAGGACAUAUUUUCAUUUAAUUGCGUUAACCUCGGCCCACUCAGUAAAGUCAAAGUGUGGCAUGAUAAUAGUGGAUUAAAGAGCGCUUGGCACUUAGACAGGAUCGAGAUUGAAGACAAACUGGCAGAGGAGAAGAGCGUAUUUCCUUGUAAUCGGUGGCUUGCUACCAGCGAAGACGACGGCCAGAUUUGUCGCGAACUUGUUGUAGUUGAUGAGCGAGCUUUGAAGCUGGAGCGAAAGAGGACUUUGUCCAGAAAAACAAGUGUUAUUUCCAACGUUGACGGUGUGGAUCUUGAGGCUAAAGCCCGUAUCACGACCUACGAAGUCUCCGUUAUUACUGGUGACGUUAGAGGAGCUGGCACCAAUGCAAAUGUAUAUAUUAUUAUGUACGGAGUGGAAGGGGAUACAGGCAAAGUUCCUCUCAAAACCUCGAAAACAUUCAAGAAUAAAUUUGAGCGUGGCCAAACAGAUGUCUUCACUAUUGAUGCUAAAGUUGGAGAAAUUGACAAGAUCAGAAUCGGCCAUGACAAUAAAGGUGGAUUUGCUGGUUGGUUCCUGGACAAGGUGAUUGUCGAUGCCCCGUCCCUGGGUCAGAAAGCUGUGUUCCCGUGCGGCCGCUGGCUGGACAAGGGCAAAGAUGAUGGACAGUUGGAGAGAGAGCUGUUUCCUGGUGUAGACACAGAGGAAGCUUAUUCUCCAUAUGUGCCAUACGAGAUAACUGUGUUCACAAGCGAUGUGAUGGGAGCUGGCACCUCAGCCCGUGUUUAUAUCGUGUUAUACGGAUCUGACGGUUGCACUGAAGAGGUUCUGUUAGCAGAUACAUCAAAGAAACAAAAGGAUUCCUUCAAGAGAGGAUCAACUGAUCAGUUUGUUAAGGAGCUCGACAAUGUCGGUGAUGUGAUCGAAAAGAUUCGAAUCGGACACGACAAUAAAGGUAUGACCCCUGGUUGGCAUCUUGAUAAGGUUGAGGUACGCCGCUUGAAAGAUGACGGCGAAUCUUCCACAACUUACACCUUCCCCUGCAAGAGAUGGCUGGCUAAGGAUGAAGACGAUGGAUCUGUCGUGCGGGAGCUGAUUCCUAAUAAGGUUAUCGAGGAAUCUGUGACGAAAGAUGGAGACCUGGAAACUAAGGAAGUCGAUCAAGAAACUUUGGAACUCCGCAAGUAUAAAGUUCAUGUCUUUACUGGUGACGUCAAAAGCGCGGGAACAGACGCUAAUGUUUUCAUCACCAUAUAUGGUGAUGAUGGUGACACAGGGGAGAGGCAACUUACUAAGUCAGAGACCUACACUAACAAGUUUGAAAGGGGACAUGAAGACAUCUUUACUCUGGAAGCCGCCGAACUUGGGAAUAUUUUCAAGGUGAAGCUUCGACACGACAAUGCCAAUUUAGGUCCAUCCUGGUUUGUUGACCGAGUCGAAGUUCGAGAUUUGGAAACGGACAAACUUUAUCCGUUUAUUUGUGAGAGGUGGUUGUCGAAAAAGAAAGAAGAGGGGAAAAUCCAACGAACGUUUUAUGUAAAAGGAUAUCAGGGCGAACGCUCUACUCUUGGGACCAUGAGUCUGGGAUCUUUGAGCCAAAGCAGCCUAAGCAGUCCCCGACGAAGUAGUCGUGGGAGCCUCGCAAGCAGCCGAGGGUCUCUACGACGAAGCAACGAAAGUUUACCGACGGCAAACCGAAGUGCAACAGCUGAUGCCAUUUUCAUGGAAGAAUUCGGCCAAGGUGAUAAGGAAGCGGCAGCUGCUCGUGAAGCUAUUGCUUACACCAUCCGCGUGACCACGGGUGACCAAUCAGACGCUGGCACCAAAGCGCAGGCGCACAUAGUUUUGAUAGGAAGUGAAGCGGCCACAGAAAAGAUACCAUUAGUGCUGAUCCAGAGAGAUGGGUUCACUCCAGGCCUUACCGAAACUUUUUCGGUGGAAGCUGUAGAUGUUGGAGAUGUGAAGAAGGUCGAGUUAUCCAACAACGGCUACGGAGCGAACAGCGGUUGGUUUGUGAAGGAAGUGGAGGUGGAUGUACCAACUAGUGGUAAGAAGUAUUUCUUCCCGUGCAACAGGUGGCUGUCACAGAACAAGGAGGAUGGAAAGGUGGUACGCGUUCUCUCUGCGUCAGAUGAUCAUCUGGUUACUUACAAACCACAUGUACAAUAUGAGAUGGAGGUGUACACAGGGGACGUGAAAUCCGCUGGAACAGACUCUACCAUCUCCAUGACAAUGUUUGGCACUGAUGGCACCACUCCAGAGUUUAUACUCGAUAAAGACGAGUCGCGGUUUGAACGAGGAGGAGUCGAUCUGAUUAGAAUGGACCUGGAUGAUGUAGGAAAACUGCUGAAAGUCAGGAUUGCAGUCGAUGGUAAAGGCACACGUCCUGAUUGGUUUUUGGAAAAGAUGAUCAUACGAAACAUGGAGACACAUUGUGUGAGCGUUUUCAAGGCAAACCAGUGGUUUUCUAAAACAGAAGGAGACGGCAAACUUGUCAAGGAGAUUCCGGCUGAAGUGGACGGAGAAGAAUUACUCACAAAAACUUCAUAUAAAGUUAACGUGAAGACAGGCGAUGUGCUGGGAGCCGGAACUGAUGCAAACGUGUUCAUGGUAAUCUUUGGUGAACAUGGAGACAGCGGAGAAUUGGCUUUGAAAAAUUCUGAAACAUACAAAGACAAGUUUGAAAAGAACCAUACCGACGUGUUUAGCCUCAAGAAUCUCCUCAACUUGGGUGAACUUACUAAAGUCCGCAUCUGGCACGACAAUAAAUUUCUCAAAGCAAACUGGUUUCUUGAAAGUGUGGAAAUCAUUAACGAAUCCAAUGGCGAAAAAUACUUAUUUCCUUGUAAUCGGUGGUUGGCCAAGGAUAAAGACGACGGAAGUUUGGUACGAGAGCUGACAUGCGCAAAUGCCAAAAAGAGUACCGACUCACGAGCGCCUACGACUUAUGAACUUACUUUCCUCACAAGUGACAAGCAACACGCCGGAACAACCCAGAAUGCAUGGAUCGUGCUUGAAGGAGAAGAAAGGAAAUCUCAGGAAUACCCGAUAGAAAAUAGCGCAAAGAACAAAGUCCUACGCAGAGGACAAACGGACACUUAUAAAUUUGUGACCAAAAAUCUUGGAAAUCUUACUCACGUGACACUGGGACAUCGAAGACGGCAGGGGUCCAAUGUCAAGGGAACUGGGAAAGAGACUGGUUGGUUCUUGCAUGAAGUGAUUGUAACCAACCCUGAAACAGUGGAAAAAUAUGUGUUUCCUUGCCGUCAGUGGAUUCCUCUCAGCGAUGACAAGGAUGAUGCAGUUCGGUUAGAAUGCAAGUCAUCAGAGAAACCAAAGUCAGCGACCAUUAGAGAACUUCAACCCGUCCAGUAUCUCGUAGAAGUCUUUACCGCUGACGUAGCACACGCAGGUACGGAUGCCAAUGUCUCCAUUGUCUUAUACGGCGCGAACGGUGACACUGGGCAGAGACAGCUGACCAAAAAGUUCGUCGACUUGUUCGAGAGAGGAAAAGUGGACGAUUUCAAAAUUGAAGCGCUGGAUCUUGGCCAGCUCACACGCUUGCGCAUAGAACAUGACAACAAAGGUUUUGGAGCCGGUUGGAUGUUGGAGAAAGUAGACAUCACAAAUCUCACGAGCCAAGAAAAAGUGACUUUUCCUUGCGGCCAGUGGCUUGAUAAAAAGAAAGGAGAUGGAAAGAUCUGUCGAGAUCUGCUCCCAUUAACGAAAUGACUUCUGAGGUCCCUUGCAGCUCCGUCAUUUUGAAAAAUAGUAGUAUUCGUCGUCUCCUCCACUGAAACAGCUUUGGCGUGAGAUCUCUCUGUCCGAAAUUUUUAGAGACUCGUAUAUUUAAUUGCUUCUUAGACGCUUAUUUAUAGACACGGGAAGUCAAAGUAUUGUUUACUGUCGAUAUUGAUAUUUAUGCGCCAAUAUCGGCUUGAGAUCGGCUGUAUGAAUGAUAUAAAUAAGGGACGAUUGAGGUGAAGAGAGUGUACCGACGUGUAAAUCUUUGUGUACUCUCCACAAGCUAAGGUUUUCUUUUUUAGGGUCAAAGUCUGCGCAUUACGCACUAACAAACAAAGCGUAAGAGAAGAAGAUGAAGAAAAUGGUCGAAUUGAUAACAUUAGUAAAAAAGUAAUGUGGGCGAUGGAAUAAAUUAUGUGAGUAUCAAUUUGUAAUUGAUGUUUCUAAUGUGUUAAUAGAUGAUAUAUAGGACUUAAAGUAAUUUUUAUUAUAGUUCAAUCUAGAAUAAAAUUGCUUAGUUAAGGGGCAUCA